CAUUGCGUGAAUAAAAGUGAUGAACAGAAUGGCGUCUUGUAUUUUCUGCAAGAUCAUCAAGGGCGAUAUUCCCUCCUUCAAGCUCUUCGAGAGUGACAAGACGUUCGCCUUUCUGGACAUCAACCCCUUGAGCAAGGGCCACGCUCUCGUCAUCCCCAAGCACCACGGCGAGAAGCUGACGGACAUCCCUGACGACAGCCUGACUGAGCUCCUGCCUGUCGCAAAGAAGAUCGCCAUCGCCUCCGGCGCCGUGAACUUCAAUAUUCUGCAGAACAACGGCCGUAUCGCCCACCAGGAAGUUGACCAUGUUCACGUUCACGUGAUUCCCAAGCCGAACGAGACGGAGGGCCUGGGUGUUGGCUGGCCGCAGCAGAAGCUGGAGAUGGAUGAGCUCAAGGCCCUGGCCGAGCAGAUCAAGAGCAAAAUGUGAAAAGGCCCUUUUGAUUCUUAGAAAGAUAGCGUGUGGCAUUUUAUGCCUUCAUUUACCUCGCCGCAAUGAGAGACACAUCGACA